AUUGCCCCAUAACUAACUUUCCUACUUGUUGCCAGCCCCAUUCCAACAUUUGCGCCAAGAUCUGAGUUUUCUUAAUAAAAGAACUAAUAUGGAUUUCCCAUCUAAAUCUAGUAAAUCCGAGGACGAGGAUCAUGAUUCCUUUCACUCCUUCAAUGCGAGUGAUAAGUGUUGGGACAGUCUCAGUUCUUCCCUCAAGUCAGAUGACUUCUCUGACACCCCUAACAAGAACGAGCAUAAGGUUUCGGAGGAAACAUUUAAUGACUCCGCUUUGGAUCCUGAUACUACGAAUGAGGGACCGGUGCCCACAGCCCUUCCCAAGCUGCUCGGUGACGAUCAAGGCAGCGAGUCCACCGAUGCUGGCAUCAUCUUCAAAAAUUCCGGCCCCAAAACCGUGUGCCCGUGGACUGUGCCCAAGAUGUCGUCGCACGAGAUUCCUAACCCUUCUAUCUUUAAUAUCGAUAGUUCGGACCUCAAGGAUCACUUCGACUCCACUUCGGACGAGAAGGAAAAGCAGCAGAAAUUUGCCUUCACCGAGAUUUGGGUGGACACGCAGCAAAUUCUUCCGAAACCCGAUGAUUCGCUGGUGAAGGACUUCAAUAAUGCCCUAGAGGACUAUUUCAAUAAGGAUGAGCCCGUAAAAGAGGAUGUUUCAGUCUCCAAGUCUGAAUCCCAGGCUUCUAGCGUUGAUGAUGUAUUUUAUACACCUAAGUCGACUGCAUUUGGCACUUCUACCGCGCCCCAGUCGGAGGGGGAAUACGUCUCCCCACUCCCGCCAACAAUGCCACCAACUGCUGUGAAGUCUCCCCUAUUAAAGGAAGCCACGAAGAUCAUCACCUUGCCAGCAGGCUACGAUUUAAGCAACCUUGUCAAGUACAAGAAUCCAAAUCACUGGGCCAUUCGUCCCCAUGUUAAAACGGGCAAACAUUAUCAGUACUAACUAAUAUUUAGUUACCCAUCCACAAAUAUGUAUAAUCAUUCAUUGUAUUAUUUGCAGAAAUAAAGGACUUAUAAUCUAAA